AUGGUAAAGGAAACCAGAUUAUACGAACUUCUUCAAAUUUCUACAGACGCAGAUUAUCAGGAUAUCAGAAAGGCAUACAAAGCUCUUGCACUAAAAUAUCACCCGGAUAAACAAACAGUAAAGUCAACAGAAGAAACUGAGAGGUUAACAAAUAUAUUCAAAGAUAUCACUGAAGCGUAUAAUAUAUUAAGUGAUAAAAAUAAAAGAUAUUUAUACGACAAUUAUGGUGAAGAGGUGGCAAAAAAUCCACAAGACGCAACUACAGCGUUUUCAGCUAAUAACCAUCAUUACGACCAUGACUUGAACAACCGUUAUGGGAAUGCAAACCAUUACUAUAAUCGACGUUCACAGCAAUCAAGACAACAUACUGAGUUCAACGAUUCGAUGAAUUUUCCAUUUUCUCAACAUUCCACUGAUAUGUUUGAGCAAAUAUUUAGUGGAUUUCCGGACACCACAUUUAUGAAUACGUUCAAUACCCCAUUCAAUGCCACGCGGAGUGAUGAUUACCCAAAUCAUAGCUAUGGUAGACCGGUCUACAGAGAUGGCUCGAACCCUCAAAAGAAGGGCAGAGAUAUUAUGGAUAAUAUUCCGUGUAACUUGAUUGAUUAUUACAAUGGUAAAGAUAUCAAAUUAAGGUUGAGCAAAAGAGUGAAGUGUCCAAAAUGUAAGGGUAGAGGGGGGUUGAAGGUCUACACAUGUAACGAUUGUUGUGGUUCAGGUAUAAUCAUCAAUGAGACGAGAACUGGACUGAUGUAUCAGAGGGUCCAAGCCACUUGUAAUAGAUGCCAUGGAUCUGGAGAAUUCAUACCCGCUAAAUACGUAUGCGAUGAAUGUGGAGGAAAUAAGCUAGUGGACACGAAGGUUAUAUUUGAAUUCAGAAGUCCGAGGGGUGUGAGUGCGGGUUACAAGAUUAUAAUACCAAAUGCAGCAGACGAAGGUAUUGACUUAAUCCCUGGUGAUGUUAUUCUAACUUUGCAGGACAGUAAAAUUGAUGAUAAUACCAAGUUCAAGAGAUUUGGCGACUAUUUAUUAACUACAAUCUCGAUACCUUUAAGUGUUGCAUUAUGUGGCGGGUAUAUUACAUUUACACAUAUCAACAAUGAGGAAGUAAAGAUUGAGAUUCCACGAGGCAGUAUUAAAAGUGGUAAUCAGCUCAAGGUGCUGAAAGGAUUUGGUAUGCCGAUUGCACAAGAAACACCCUCUUCUAGACGUUCUAAAGAUGGGCAAAACAACAAACGGGACAAGAAGAAGCACAGGAAUAGGAAUGGCAAGGACAAAAAUUACAAAGGAAAAGAAGAUGUGAAUUAUGGAAAGAGUAAUAGAAACGAUGAUGUUAAUAAUGGUACUAACAUUAUCAAUAUGAAUGAUUCAACACUUAAUAAAAGUAGUAGCAAUAGUGAGGAGGAUAAGGAAAAGAUUAAGUUUGGCGAUUUAAUUAUCAAGUUUGAGAUUGAGUUCCCAGAUGUGAAUUUAUUCACCAAUGAGCAAGUUCAGCUUUUAAACAAUGUAUUAACUGGGCAAAUGGUGCCUACAAGUUUCGGAACUGUCUCAGAUUCCUCAAGCGACGACAUAUCAUCUAUGGAGGAGUCCAAUCCUACUUCUCUCAAUAUGACGCCACGUUUUGAAUCGAGUGCUUCUAGUAUGAGCUCCAAGUUCAAAUACGGUACAUCCACCAGUGGAAGUGAUCGAAGUUUGAACGUUUCCAAGGCUGUCCCGAUGACUGUUCCAAAGGAGCACGGAUAUGCCAAUGGAGUUGACAUAAACGACUUCACCAAAUCUGGUGCUGGUGUGGAGCUGAGCAAACCUAAAGAGGGAAGCGAGUCGACGGAUUUGAACGAUUCUGGCUCCGACAAUAUGGGGGACAAGAUAGUGUACCUUGAGGAUAUAACCAAUGUCGAAAAAGUUGGUCUUUCCCUGUUGGAUUUCCCAGAGACUUCGAACAAAGGGUCCACCAUGAGCAACAGCAACGGCUACCAUCCAACAAGUGCAGAAGACACAGUCCACACGGCCAAUGUGAUGGACAGCAGCAUCCCUGGUAUUCCAAACACGAAGAGAUUCAAAUCAAGAAUGUAG